AUGGACAAGCAUUUCCCAGCUCCCGCUCUGCUUGCUCUUAUCGUACUGACAGUUUCGGUUGUGAUUUAUCAUGUCUUCGAGUAUACGCGCCACAGCUUUCGCGCGAAAGCUUUAGGUUGUGGCAGUCCAAACAGAUAUCACAACAAACUCCCCUUUGGCGUCGACUAUCUGCGGGGCGUCAUGCAAGCGGAUCGCGAGAAUCGAGCGCCUCAGUACUUGUUGCAGCAUUUCAACAAAGCAAAAUAUGGAACUUUCAUUCAGCAAUGCGCAGGAAGGGACUCCAUUAUCACGACAGAUCCUAAAAAUAUCCAGGCUAUCCUUGCGCUGCAGUUCAAAGAUUUCUGCCUAGGUGAACUCCGUCGUCGGAAUUUCUAUCCCAUGCUUGGUAAUGGGAUUUUCACGACGGAUGGGGCGAUGUGGGAGCAUUCGAGAGCGAUUCUGAGACCACAGUUCGGACGUGGACAGGUGUCUGACCUCGAACUAGAGGAGCGGCAUGUCCAGGAAAUGUUCAAUCAACUUCAGGUCGACUCAUCGGGCUGGACAAAAUCCAUCGACCUAGCACCAAUUUUCUUCCGUUUGACGAUGGAUACUGCCACUGAAUUUCUAUUUGGUGAAAGUGUCAACUCUCAAAGAGCACACAAUCCGAACCACUCAACAGACUUGCCCGCUCGUGAUUUGAGAUGGUCUAAAGUGGGAGCCAGUUUUGAUCGCGGGACAGCGAUGCUCGGACUUCGAGCUCGAAUGGAAAACUUUUAUUGGUUGUUGAACCCCAAAUCUUUCCGAGAAGACAUUCGUGAGAUAAACAAAUUUGCCGAUUUUUGCAUCGAUCAAGCGAUUAAACGGAAACAAGGCGGCAUCAAGUCCCAGCAACAUUAUGUCUUCCUGGACCAACUACUUGAGUCUGUGAGCGAUCCGAUCGAAAUCAGAAGUCAAUUGCUCAACAUUUUCCUGGCUGGCCGGGAUACAACGGCUGGUCUCCUGGGAUGGACAUUUUGGUGCCUAGCUCGUAAUCCGGAGCUUUAUGCCAAGCUGAGAGUCAGUGUCAUCGAAAGCUUUGGUGCUUCAGAUAAGGAGGACACCAUAACUUUCGCAGGCCUGAAAUCAUGCAAUUACCUGCAGCAUGUUAUGAAUGAAGUCCUUCGACUGUAUCCCUCAGUGCCGUUCAAUUCGCGUCAAGCCACGAGAGAUACCACCAUACCACGUGGAGGUGGACCUGACGAGUCUGCUCCACUGUAUAUCAAGAAGAAUCAGAGCAUCAGCUAUUCUGUGUUUGUGAUGCACAGACGGAAGGAUCUCUGGGGCCUAGAUGCCGACGAGUUCAACCCUGAUCGUUGGAUCGGUCGAAAAGCCGGUUGGGAAUAUCUUCCAUUCAACGGUGGCCCAAGAAUUUGCCUAGGCCAGCAAUUUGCGCUCACUGAGGCUGGAUACGUGAUAGCGAGGUUGGUACAACGAUUUGAGAAGAUCGCCAACACUGAUCCAACGGAUGAACCUUUGCACCAGUACACUGUAACCAGUGCACCAAAGAACACAUUUGUGAGAUUAGCCUACAGCAAUGGGCCACAACGGGGCUACAAAACGACGGGCCUCCCACGGGGCAGAAAGACCGAUGGAUUCACGAAGGCUCACCGGCCGGUGACCGGCAGACAAUUGAAAGCACCCACACCAUCUUUAUCCCCAGAUCAGUUGGUCGGACGCGUGCUUAGGACCGCCCUACCCAAGUUAAAAACGCGAUUGGAGACGAGGAAGGCAACCGCAGAUUCCGAAGAGACCAGCUUAUUUGCCCUCGAUCCCAGCGGACGUGGAUGGGACACCUUUGAAGAAAGAAUCACCAAGAUCAUCACUGAACCGGAAGAUGUCAUUACGUCGAAAGAUUCUAGACUGCUGAGUAAGAUCGGUCGAGCAGCAAGGAAUAGCGGCUGGUCGGAAGAGCUUGUGUAUGUUCUGCACCAUGCCAUGAUCGACCAUGUGCUCGAUAACGGCUCCUACAAGGUCGCUGGAGAGGUGGGAAAGCCGGUUCCGACUGACCUGCGGUAUCCAACAGAGUGGUAUGCCGGGGCUCGACAAAUGCAACGAGAAGUGCAUCUUCACGUAGGUCCUACAAAUUCUGGAAAAACCUACAAUGCCUUGAAGAGGCUCGAAGAGAAGGGCAGUGGCUUCUACGCAGGCCCACUCCGGUUACUUGCUCACGAAGUAUACUCGCGUUUUAAGGCUAAGGGGGUACCUUGUGAUCUUGUCACCGGCGACGAUGUUAGGUUUGAUGAAAAUGAAGAUGUUGCAAUUGCAGCGUCAACGGUGGAGAUGGUGAACACUGCUCGAGCUGUCGAUGUUGCUGUCAUUGAUGAAAUACAAAUGAUUGAAUCAGAAGAUCGAGGGUGGGCCUGGACGCGAGCGUUUCUCGGUGCCAAUGCCGCAGAGGUUCAUCUCUGUGGAGAACCUCGGGUGAUACCGUUGAUUCGCGAAUUGACUGCGUCAAUGGGUGACACCCUGCAUGUCCACCAAUAUAAGCGACUCAAUGGUCUCAAAGUGAUGUCCAAGAGCCUGCGAGGUGAUUUCAAGAGUCUGAAGAAGGGCGACUGCGUGGUUGCUUUCUCUAUUGUGACUAUCCACGCGUUAAAAAAGCAGAUUGAGGUGGACACCGGUCGACGUUGUGCGAUUGUCUAUGGAGGUCUCCCUCCCGAAACCCGUGCUCAGCAAGCGGCGUUUUUUAACGACCCAGACAACGAUUAUGACUAUCUAGUCGCGAGUGACGCUAUUGGAAUGGGCUUAAACCUGAGUGUGAAGCGUAUCAUUUUCCACAGUGUGACCAAAUUCAACGGGUCAUAUAUGGAACAGUUGAGGAUUCCGCAAAUCAAGCAAAUUGCCGGGCGAGCGGGACGAUAUCGCAGCGCCCAUCAGGCAAUGAAAAGAGGGGACAAGGAAACCGAUGAAUCCGCAAGUAUAGGAUUGGUCACCACAUUCAACGAGUCCGAUCUCCGAGUGAUCCAGGAAGCCAUGGACGAGGAAGCUCCGCCGGUCAAAAAGGCAGGUAUUCUUCCCCCGGGAGACUACCUCGAGGAAGUAGCAGCAAGAAUGCCGAAGGGUGUGCCAUUUGAAUACCUCCUCAAAUAUGUGUGCUCGGCAGCAGAAAUGCAUCCUCGAUUCUCAGUUUGCAACAUUACGGAGCAGACUGGUCUCAGUCGAGUGGUGGACGAUGUCGAUGGAUUGACAAUUGCAGAACGACUCGUUUUUUCAGCUGCCCCUGCGGCGAGAAACUCUGAGCGAUUGCUCAUAGUCCUCAAGGCUCUUGCUAUGGCAGUUGGGAAACGGCUGGAAUUGACGGUGGUCGAUGUACCUGAGAUUCAACUUGAGGUUCUUGAGCUUCCAAUAUCAGGAGACCGAGAAUACCUACAAAAAUUGGAAGACCUCCACAAAUCGCUAAUACUGUUCUUAUGGCUCAGCUAUAGGUUCGGCGGUAUCUUGAAAGAUCGGGACAUGGCUACAUAUGCGAAGGAAAUGACAGAGGAGAAGAUCAACACCUGCUUACUCGAAUUCUCGGCCAACCCCUUGCUCCGAGAAAAGGCACUCCGGAAGAGGACAAGCUUCAAGAGUAUCACAAUUGAGGGACUCGAAGGCACUGACGACCUCAAUCUUUCGCAAUUGGAUGUUUCGGCACUCCCAGUGGACUGGUCCAAAACCUCAGAAGCCAACGUCGAGAUAGAGGGCACGGUCGUUGAUCGCCGUGUAGCUUCGGCGAUCUAG